AUGCGCUCAGCUCUUAACAUCGCCCUCGCGUUAGCAGCAUUUACCCAAGCAACCUCGGCUGCAGCUCUCCCAGAAAAGAGACCCAAUCUCGGCUUGAACAAAUGGAAACACCAUAGCCAUCGACCAAGCGGAACUGGAAAAUUCCACGUCCCAGCCAAUGCUACGAGAACGGCAGGGCCGGGUACAACUGUUGUCUCUGUUCCUGAUGCUACGGUAUUCUCUACCUUUACUGUCACGGCCACUUCUACCCCCAUUGGGGAUGAUCCAGCUCCUCCCACGCCUACUGAAGGAACCCCUGAAGGUGGCGAAGAGUUGCCUACAGGUGGCAAUGAUGAGAGUGGAAACUCUGGAGUUAUUAAUGCUCCACCUCAAUCAGGAGGACCUGAAGAAAAUAACGGGAUUAGCGAGAAUAUUCCUGGAGACAAGAACGAAAAUAGCAACGAGAACAGUGGGGAUUUCGGGGCUAUCAUCUCUCUACCAACACCCAGCAAUUCUGAAGAUGACACCAAGUUCCCUACAUUAACAUUACCAGCUUCCUACAGACCCACCGGCUUCUUAAACGCUACCGGAAUUAGUGGUUCUCCAUAUGGAACUGUAAGCUUGACAAUAGACACCGCGGCCGGUCCGACGACUUUCCCAAGCUCAACUUCAUAUGCUUCUUCACCCCCAAUCCUCCCUAGCAGCUCCGAAGAUGGGGAGGACACAGUGAUAAUUCAAACUGUAGUCCCAAUCCCAGCAUCCACAUCAGCAUCUACAGCCGCGCCUUUAGCUUCAACCAGCACGCGAGCUGUUAGUGAUGGUUCCCAAUGGAAACCAGCUGUUGGAGCAACAUGGCAGAUUCAACUCCACGGAACAGUAGCCGAUGCCAACCUCCCAGUCGAUAUUUACGACAUCGAUCUCAUCGAAUCCACUCCAACUUUGAUUUCCACUCUCCAUGCAAAUAACAAGAAAGUCAUCUGUUACUUCUCUGCUGGAUCCUUCGAGUCCUGGCGACCAGAUGCUGCCUCCUUCACCUCAUCCGAUAAAGGUUCCCCUCUUGAGGGAUGGGACGACGAAUGGUGGCUCAACACCAACUCCGCCAACGUCCGUACAAUCAUGAAAGCACGUCUCGACCUUGCCAAAUCCAAAGGUUGCGAUGGCGUGGACCCAGACAACGUAGACGUCUACAGUAACUACAACGGUUUGGGAAUAACCAAACAAGAUUCCCUCGCUUACCUACAAUUCCUCUCCACCGAGACGCGCGCACGAGGCAUGGCUAUGGGCAUGAAGAACGGUCUCGAUAUGGUGACUCAGUUGCUCGAUGAUAUGGAUUUCCACGUCAACGAAUCGUGUCUUGAGUUUAGCGAGUGUGAGAAGCUGGUCCCGUUCAUUGCCGCUGGCAAACCGGUUUUCCAUAUCGAGUAUCCGGCUAGUGCGCCUAGGAUUGCGAAGGAUGUUGUGGAUAGGAAGUGCAAAGAGAAGGCGGACAAGAAUUUUAGUUCGUUGUUGAAGAAUGUUGAGCUUGAUGCUUGGGUUCAGACUUGUUAG